UUCUGUGACACAGGGGUACAAACUAGUGAUGUCCUAUACACAAUAUGGCGGCGACACGGACAGUUUGAAAUAGAAAUUGAAAUGGAUGCCAAGCAGGGGUUUCGCAAGUUGCGAGAGCAGCAAAGUAAACGAAGGAUUGAUCACCCUUUGGCAAAAUAUAACAAUUUGGGACAAGUUACCUGCGUUGUUUGUAAUCUGCCAUUGAAAAAUGAUUUACUGUGGCAGCCACACCUUUUGAGCAAGAAACAUAAAGAGGCUGUCACUGCCUUGAAAGUGAAAUCUUCCCAGAUGAAGGAGAGCUAUGCACCUCCACCAAAGAAGAUUAAAAAGGAUGUAGUGAAUCAUUCAGCAUCAUAUAAGGAACCAAAAAAUGAAGAGAUACCAAAAGCCCCAACUGCUGAAUUUAAAGGAUCAAAGCACUCUGUAAAAAGUGCACUUCCUGCUGAUUUCUUUGACAAAGACACAUCAAAAGAAAUGACUUCAAAGAAGGAAAUUGAGGAACAUCCUGAAAAGCCCGACAACGAUGAAAGCUCACCCGUACCAACGACUUCAAAAAGUAUUUCAGAAAAACUCCCGGAGGGUUUUUUUGAUGAUGCUAAAAUAGAUGCCAAGGUCAGAAAAGUUGAAUAUGUGGAUAAGAAGGAAGAAGAAUGGGAGCAGUUUCAAAAAAUGAUUGCUGAAGAAACGAAGGUUUCAGAAAACCUGCAAGCCGAAGAAGAAGAAGAUUUGAAAGUAGAAAGAGAUUUAGACGAAUACGCAACCUUAAAAAAAUACGUCUCAAGAGUCGAGCUGCUAAAGCAAAAGCGGGAAGAAAAGAAAAAUGUCGUUUCGACUAAAAGUAAUCAAAAAGAAAAGAACGAGGAAAAUUAUUCUGAGGAUUCUGAUGAUGCUCUAGAUGAUAUUCUUAACUGGCGUGCAAAGAAGGCUUAGCAUAUCUACAAAGUGACUUAGAUGUUUGUAGUAGUCAAAGCCUGGCCCACAGGUCGCUUUUCUGUUUUCCGAACCUCUUCAUGAUUGGAACGACUUUGAAUUGAUAACAGUUUGACGGCCAAUUGAAGUUAUUUCGUAUUCUUCUGUAUGUUUAAUACUCGGAACUCAAUUGGCGAUGGCAACAAGACAUAAUUUUUUAUGUCUUGUAAAGAUAUGCUGUAAAGAUAUUACUUUGUAAAGAUAUGCUGUGUUUCAAUACUUUUAGCCCAUA